UUACAAAACCCUUUUAGGUAACCUCCGGUAUGCUAUUUCUAGUGUUAUCCUUGAAGAAAAUCGAAAGGAAUCAGUAAUUAAUUGCUUUCAUCCGAAAGACAAUUUUAGCAUUUUAAAAAUUAUGAAUUAAAUUAUUUAGAUAUAAAUUGCAAUUGCAGAACGUGGAGUUGUGAUUUAGGUCUAGACAACGAGACUUUGACUUUUGACCGCGUGAAUGACGCAUGCGUAAAGUAAUCAAUUAGGGUGGAGGAAGCUGUACUGGCAGAUAAAUUUAACGACUUUGUAAGGACUCUUUUAGUCUAGUGAGACAGCUUUCAGAGUUCAGUUCUUUGUUCUUAAGUAUCCAGUUAAAAUAUGUCUAUUUUGUCAAAAAGUGACUAUCUGGCUCUUUUGAGUGUCAACGACAUUAAUACUCUUUCUCCGGCGGAUAUGGCGAAGGGUUACGAAGAGUCACCAAGAGAAUGGUAUCAUUUACUCUUAAAUGAGAGUGAUUUUUCUCUUCUAGCAUAUGCUCCUAAUGUAAAAUGGUAUUCCAUUUGCCGUUGUCAUUUAGUAGCAGACGACGGAAGUACUGCACACGAACAUCUCCAUUCAUUAAUUCAUUUUACGAAUGGAUCUACAAUGUUGGCUUACAAGAAGAAACUACAACGUGCAGGGAAAAGACUACAUCCAAAAACUACAUUUAGAAAAAUUAUUUGUUUGGAUCAUUGUGUUAGUGUUUUGAGAUACAUUGCCUGUGUUGAUGGUCAAAAACCCCUUCGUCGAGAUGGAGAUGGACUUUUCGGUAAACCUCACUCCCAUUACGAGAGAAGAGUAUUUAAAUCAGAAUGGUUACAUUCGAGAGGAAAGUUCUGUGCAGGUAUACGCAAAGAAAUUUCUACCCUAGCGAGCAGAGGCGUUAGCAAUUUAGAAAAAUAUACAUCAGAGCAUGAACUACAUGUCAAAUCAACCUGCAAGUGUGAAAGAGGUGAGGAAGGUAUUAGAAGGAAAAAUGAAGCAAAUGAAAAGAGAAGAACAUUUUACAAAAGUGAACGUGGGAUGGCGAUACGAAAAUCAUACAAGGAAAAAAUGCAUCAAAAACGAAAAAUUAUUAGUGAACUAAUGAAUUUAGGUUCAAAUAAAAAGGCAGAACUGCAAAGAGAAACAAUUUUAAAAUUAUUAGUAUUAUUAUAAUUUAUUAAUAAAUAAUAUGUAACA